AUGGUCCCUUCUGGACCCCCGGAAACUUAUGGAUCAAGAACCCUGACACUUCACCCUGAAGAUCUUGAAGAAGAACAAAGUUCAGGUGAAGAAACAAGAAACCCUUCACGGUCGGUCGGAACUUUGAGACUACGUGGUGGAGGACUUUCAAGUGGUAGAAAAGUAAAAUGGGAUGAAAAUGUCGUUGAUAAUGAAGGAAUGGGGAAAAAAAAAUCAAAGAUAUGUUGUAUUUACCAUAGACCACGACAAUUCGAUGAAUCAUCAUCAGAUGAAGACUCAAGCAGUUGUUCUGACGACGAUCAUGAUAAUGAAGGUGAAAAUAGUCAUCAUCAUCAUCAUAAAAAACGUAAUGGUAGUCCAAAUGCUUAUGAACGACAACCACAUUAUAAAGUUACUUUAGUUAGUGAAAAGAUUGGUCAUUUAAAAGUCAUUUGA